UUAAACAAUGGAUGACUUGACACUUUGAGCCUUGUGAUGUUGCUGAUGGCAGAGGCAAAACAACACGGGGAAAGCUGUGAAUUUUAACAAGCGUCGACCAUAAAAUAUACUUUACAGCUGCCGAGUCCUUAAUGAUAAAUAAGGUCGACAACGGGAUGUAGCCGAUGAAAUGGAGUAUGAUGAUAGACUUGCACUUUUUCGCCAAACCCGCCUCAAUCCCUUUGACCGUGGAGAGGAAGAAGAUGAUCCCCAAGGAGGCAAAACACCCCCUCCACUACACGAAACAAGGCAUGAGCUGUUCUCUGGGACCAGAACCCACAGUUCAGACCGGACCAUGGACCUGGGUCUAGCUGAGGAUCACUUCUCAAGGCCUAUGGGGUCGUUUGUGGCUUCAGACAUCGAAAAGCUGAAAAUGGCCAUAGAGGAGUGUAAAAAGCUGAUCUUGGAGCUGCCAGAACAUUCGGAGAGACAAAAGGACACUGUGGUGAAACUUAUCCACCUUCGUCUCAAACUGCAGGAACUUAAGGACCCCGAGGAGGAUGAGCCUAAUCUGAGGAUCCUACUGGAGCACCGCUUUUCCAAGGAAAAGAGCAAGAGUGUGAAACAGACCUGCGACAAGUGUAGCGCUAUCAUCUGGGGCCUUAUCCAGACGUGGUAUACCUGCACAGGUUGCUAUUAUCGUUGCCAUAGUAAGUGUAUGAAUAUGAUCACCAAGCCCUGUGUCAGGGUAAAAGUCAGCCACAAGUCGGAGUACGAGCUCAGCAUCUGCCCUGAGAUAGGACUGGACCGGCAAGACUACCGCUGUGCAGAAUGUCGCACACCUAUUUCACUAAGGGGCGUGCCGACUGAAGCCAGACAGUGCGACUACACAGGCCAGUAUUACUGCAGCACUUGCCACUGGAAUGACACCGCCAUCGUCCCGGCUCGUGUCAUCCACAACUGGGAGUUUGACUCACGCAAGGUUUGUCGCUCCUCGAUGCGUUACCUGGCCCUGAUGAUCUCACGACCGGUACUGAAGCUGAAAGAAAUCAACCCGCUGCUGUUCAACUUUGUGGAGGAACUGGUCGAGAUCAGGAAACUCCGUCAAGAUAUUCUGUUAAUGAAACCGUAUUUUAUUACCUGUAAGGAGGCCAUGGAGGCUCGGCUAUUACUACAGCUACAAGAUCGGCAGCACUUUGUGGAGAACGAUGACAUGUACUCACUACAGGACUUGAUUGACAUCUCCAGUGGCAGACUCAGCUGUUCCCUCACAGAGAUCCACACCACAUUUGCUAAGCACAUCAAACUAGACUGUGAGCGUUGUCAGGCCAAGGGAUUUGUGUGUGAGCUGUGUAAGGAAGGAGACAUACUGUUCCCUUUUGACAGUCAUACCUCAGUCUGCUACGACUGCUCUGCUGUCUUCCACAGAGAUUGUUACUAUGACAACUCCACAACUUGUCCACGAUGUGCCCGAAUGACUGAACGCAAGCAGGACGAGGUGCCAGAUGUGAAAGAUGUUUAAGUCUGGAGAGGACCACCUGGUCUUACUGGAUGUUGCACUUUGCCUCCAUGUUGUGUUCUACUCGAAACAGAAGACUAGCUUUUCGUCUUUGUCCUGGUUUGUUUUGUGCAUAUGUUUAUACUUUGGUGUAUUUAUCUUGUGCACUACAUGAUGAAGCAGGGUACUUAGAAACCCGUCUAGAAAUUAAUAUAUAUAUAUAUAUUUUUUAUCCAACUUUUUAAUUCAUACUGAAAUUGGAUGUACUGAACACUGUGUAUGUGUGUCUGUGCGAGUGAUUUGCAUUAGUGUGUGCGUCUGCUUGUAUAAAUGUACAAAAUAAAUGCCCUAUAGAGAAGCGCCACCUCAUCAGUAGGUGAUUACGCAUGCAGGAGUUGUUGUAUAUUAACUGUUACGAGCCUCCACUGCAUUAACUAUACUGCCAACUUUGCGUAAUACUAAACUUUAAGGUUGCCACAUGCAAAAAAUUAUAUUAGCCACUUUUUUAUUUAAUAACAAAAUCUUGUAAACAUGCUUUUUGAAAUUCAAGUGAGUUACCUAUUGAGCUGUCACUUCCAGUUUAGUAUGACACAACUGGAAAUGUAUAGUAUUUAAUUCGCUAAAAAGGAAAAAUCCAUUUAAUAUGUUCGACUGUGUGAUCAUGACAUCACUCUUUCUUCUGCCCCUUUUUUAAACUCCUUCCAUCAUCACUCCCAACAUUGUUUAUCUCACGCGUACUGUUCCUAAAGCAAUCCACACUCGUCCUCCCUUAUAUUACACACACAUUUUCCUUUCAGUCUAAAUCUGUUGAUCUGUUUAACACAUCAUACAAAAAGAUUUUUCCAGGACUUAAAUAUUUAUAUUCAGCAUUGUCAUUGUCAAUUAGCCACCCUGAAUACUGGGGGGAAAAAUAUUGCUUGCAAUAGAAGACAAAAAAGGUUGCAUCUAUACAAUCAUUAACCAUAAUUUGAAAUAUAAAUUCAUAUAUUGGCAACGGAUAUAUAAUCAAAGCAUGUAUCACCGGUACAUUGUUUAACUGAAAAAGAAAAGUAAUGGUAAAUGUGCUUUUAUUCAGAACUGUGAACUCAUUUUCGAUCUGUGUUUAAUGCAGUUGAGUGCCGUGUGUAGCAUAUAGUUGUAAAUACUCAUGAACAUUGUGUGCCUAAGAUAGUCAGGUUACAUACAGCUGUUAUCCAAACGUCGUACUACCAUCAUGUUAAUGGUUUCAGUCUUAAAGUAGCUAUAGCACAUGUUGUACGGAGAUGACAAAGAUGUUAUGUGACACCUUUGAUAAUGUGUAAAUGUUGACCUAAAGUAUUUGUUUUAAAAUAAUGAUUUUUGGCUGUGUUAUCUUUCAGCAUGAUGUACGUUAUUUUAUUUUUUUCAAACUAAUGGUAAUACAUGGUGUUGGUAAAAAUCCAUGCCCUGUUGUAAAACAUGUUGAGUUGUGCAUGAAUAAAGUAAUUAAAUGCAUUAAAACUGCAGUUUUGUGGUUAACUCCAGUUCAGCUGUCCCCUGCUCAUGGAUGCGUUAUAACAUAAAGGGCCACAUUGGAACCUUUAUGUUAAACUCUGCCUGUUUUAAUCAGCUACACAAUUAUAAUACAAAUAAACAUGUAAUCAGGCUCAGUAUUGGCUCACACACAGUCACUGCAACAUUCCUUGUUUUGACUGAGCCAUUUGACUUUCCAAGACAAAUGUUAAUAACCCUUUAAACACCUCAGGGGCUCCCUGACCCCCUGACCUGACCCCUUUGGCCCCUGCACCUCUGUCAAUCCAUUAAACCUAUUAUGUUAAAUAAUAAUACAAUUCGUUAUUCAACUGUCAUCAAAAGUAGCCCCAAAAUGCAAGAUUGGCCCAUGCUAUUGCUCAUACCCACAGUUGUAAUAGACACCGAGCAAAACAAAUGUUUUAAUAGUUUCUAAUGCUGUGAAACGUUUGUUUAGAUCUGUAAUGUGUGUAAACAUGAAUAAAGCUGGAUGAGAAACACUGA